AAUUCCAAAUACAAUUUACUAGAGCUAAGAGGUUUAGUUAGUGAAGCAAUGUUUGAUGAGUCGUAGGGUACUCGUGAAAAAGUGUCGUGAAAAAUCCCGGAUAGUGCACGAAAAAGGCACUCCUUCGUUAUUUAAUGAAAUGUUAAUAAGGUUGCACACCCGCGGUGGAACAAUACAUAACACGUGCGAAGAAGAACAACAAUAUAACAUCAUAUUUAACAAAGGGAGGAGCUCUCUCGUGUGACGUUUCAAUGAGACGUUCUUAAACCUCUUAACAACCACCGUAAGGACAGGCAGCUGCGAGUAGCACAAUUAAAACAUUUGCGCUUCCGAUACGAAGCACACUUGAGGUUCCAACGGACAACGAAGACAUCUCAGCCUAGCCAAGAUAUUUUCACUCCAGCGGCGAACCUGAGCAUUCGAUCACCAACUCCAAGCAAGUCAAAGCUCUCGGGAUCUACACGCAAUAACAAGUAAUUUCAGCAAGAUAACGGUUCGUUCGAGCUGUAAGUGGAAUAUUAUUGGUAUAAUAUAUUCCAAAAGAGCUCCAGCUCGGAAAAAAGAGGAAUUUUUAGUAGUCUCGCAAGAACAAGCAGCAAGCUAAAGCUUUCAUCAUGCCUAGGGCUUUUCUAGUCAAGAAAAACAAAAGUCCAAGAUCGCCAGGCGGAGAGAAAAGAAGUUUUCCGGAUGAAGACUACAACCCGAACUUUAACUAUGUUGACAAUAGAAUAUUUUCAAGUUCGUCUGCGGUUUCAGGAAUAAUUCAUUCGCCGACUGAGUCAGAUAAAUUUCCCGUGUUAAGUUCAUUAACUUCGAUGUUCACCCCAACCAACACAACUGCCAGCUGUAACAGCGCCUUCAAACCGUUCAAAACAGAGAAAGAGAAUUCUUCGAAGAAGCAAAAACCAAAUCCUCAGACCUCAGAAGUCAAAGCUGAAAAAUCGACAAAGAGCAGUAAGGAGAGCAACACGACAAACCGCGACUUGGUUAAUGAUAGGCAUUCAAGUGAGCACGGGGGACCCAAAACAGCCGUCUUAGAACACAAGGAAUUCGCUAUUUUCAGCGAAAAUAACAAUUUCCCAAAACCCAAAGGCCCUCUACCACAAUCUCAGUUUAUUUGCCAGCUUUGUGACGAAGUCUACACGGAUCCCUUUUCUCUAGCGCAGCAUAAGUGUAGUGGAAUUCAACACACGGAGCACCGGUGCCCAGAGUGCGAUAAGGUGUUUAGCUGCCCCGCGAACUUAGCAUCGCAUCGAAGAUGGCAUAGACCAAGAUCUCCUCACGAGAAAAAAACAGCUCCAGCGCCUCCGAUUAAAGAAGCAAAAAAGUUCGAAAACGCUGAGAGCGACGUUGAAGCCGAUCAGAAACCAGGAUCACCUCCACUGGAAUCCGAUCGCAGCACCAGCCCGGUAAGCAACAGGCAAGGGCAGUUCGUAUGCACUGUGUGUAACAAGACAUUCAGACGUAAAGCGUAUUUACGAAAACAUAUGAAUAACCACACGGACGAUCGUCCAUAUCCCUGCCAGUACUGCGGAAAGGUAUUUCGAAGCCUGACGAAUCGAGCCAAGCAUGUCCUGAACCACGCUGUUGGUCCAAAGACAUUCACUUGUAAUGUUUGUGGCAAUGGAUUUUCUAACAAGGGAGGCCUCGACCGUCAUUCACGUAUUCAUGCAGGUGAAAUAUACUCUUGUAAACACUGCAGUAGUACUUUUUAUAGCUCGCCUGGUCUAACAAGGCACAUAAACAAGUGCCAUCCUCCAGAAAACCGCCAAGUUAUUGUACUCCAAGUCCCUGUACGGCAAGGCUAGACUCACAUCCAAAAGAACACAAGACAAUCUAACUUAUAUAUUUUGUAUAUAGUUUCUAAGAUGCGAGCGAAAUUGUAACAUAUAGAUAUAUUUACAGAGAAGGAAAAAAGAAAAGUAAAUUUAAAACAAUAUGUAGUUCUGCUAUGGAUUUUAAUAUUCGUUGUACAUAAAAAUCGUUCAGUGUUUACAAAUUUAGUACAUCCACGAAAUCGUUCGAGAAUUCUUUCACAUUGGCAAAAAAAUAAUUUAUCGACGGUAAUACGAAUUGUCAUAAAUAGUCUCAAUUUGUGUAACUUCUUGUGUUUAGAUUGAAAGUUGUUUUACGUUCAGUAGUAUGUGUUUUAGUUUUUUGUUUGUUGAGAACGAUGCAGCUGCUAACAAGUGUUUUUUUGGCCAUUCGCUUAUGUAAAUUCGGUUACUGAAUGCUAGCGGAAUCUCUGAUGGAAAGGUUCAAUUCAAAUAAACAACAUAAACGGAAGAAAAAUUCCAAACUU